GGUAUUGCACUGAGGGUUGUUGUUCUGUUAUACAGUCAUGAGUUAAGUGUUCACCAGAGUGAAGCUUCUUCUUUUUCUUUAAUUGAAUGAAUGUCACUUUCGGCUUUUUCCCGUUUAGGGGUCGCCACACUGACGACUCUCAUGUUGACAUGUGGCACGUGUUUUACGCCGGAUGCGCUUCCUGACGCAACCCUGAUCUGCGUCCUAACCGCCAUCCUACUAGGGACGGCUUCUUUUUCUUUAAUUCAUGGCUGGAAUUCAGACAAUUUAAGAAUCUACCCACCCCGAUACAGUAGGGGGCGGUAUGCAGCGUAAUCGUUGGUCCGCACGAAAACAGGAAGACAAAGGUGAGGUUGUACAGAAACACUGCACAAGAAGAAGAAGAAUCAGGAAGUGUAAAGCCGGUAGUAAAUACCAGAUGAGAGGAUUUGUUAAUACUGAGAAGUUUUCUUGAUUAGAUGGAAGGUGAGUCAGGUGACAUCACGGUAACCUCAGCAAACAGGAAGGGCUCUGCUGUCACAGGAAGUGCCCGAAAGAUCAAAGACAACGCAGCUGAUUGGCACAACCUGAUGCUGAGGUGGGAAAAACUCAACGAGGAUGGAUUCAAGGUGGCAGCCAACGUUGUGAACAUCAGAGGUUCCCCAAGUGAUCGGCAGCUGGCGCACGAGUCUUCAUCACCUUCAUUAUCCUCAUCACCCGCAGAGCUGCAGAAUGAAUGCCGCAAACUGCAGGACAUUGUCCACAAAAUGGUUGUUGUGGUGAUGAAGAUGGAGCGUCUGCUGACAUCACAGCGAGGCAUUCAGGAUCUGGAGGAAUUUCAGUUCGCACCUGAAGGAAGAAAGUCUCCUCUGUUUCACACCUGGAACACCAAACAGUUUGAGGAGUUGUCUCAAGUCCUGUUGGAUGCCUUCAGUCAGGAGCUGAAGCUGAAACAAACAAUUCUACAGGAACUCGCCCACACUUGGACAUCUGACCUCUGCAUGGUCUACCUGUCCUGCUGGCUACAUCAGCCCUUCAUCCCUCCUGAGACCAGACUGACCCUGGAGGCUCUGCUGCUGGAAACUGGACACCGUCCACUGUGAUGUCACCUCUUCUCCAGAGUCAUGUGAUUACUGUCAGGGUCAGCUCUAAGAAUGUCAGCCUAGUGUAGCACAGAGACCGGGUGCAAACUGCUAGGCUAGCUAUCUAACGUGUCUAGUUUAUUGAACAGGUAAAGUCAGCUGAGUUCACCUGCAGCCUGGACUCUACAUGACAUAGGUGUAGAGCAUUUCUCCUGUUACCUUUACACUCUGGGUCAUUUUCUGUCAGAGCAGCUUGAGUCUCUGAAGCCUGAGAUGAACUAUUAAUGUUUGUAAAUAUUUAUUAAAGCUAUUGUGUGAAGCUU